GCCCGGCCCAGCCUCUAUGGAGGUAUAAAAGGAGACGGUAACAUGGCGGGCAUCACACACUCUCUCACGGCCCGCACCCAGCAGCAGCAGCAGCCCGACACCCACCUCGAGAUGAACGCACUGAUCGUCCUGUCCGCGCUGCUGGCCGUGGCCUCCGCCGGCUACGUCGCCGACCACUACGGCGGCGGCCUGGGCGGCUACGGCGGCUACGGCGGCUACGGCGGCGGCUACGGUGGCAGCUACUACGGCGGCGCCCUGGGCUACGGUCACGCUGCCCCGCUGGCCUACGCGGCCGCGCCCGUCGUCAAGACCAUCGCUCCCGUCGCGACGUCCUACCAGAACAGCUACCAGAUCUCCAAGUCCGCGUACCCAGUGCACUACGCCUCCCCCGCCAUCGUGAAGGCCCCGAUCGUGGCCGCCGCACCCUUGGCCGUCGCCGCCCCGGCCUACGGCCUCGGCUACGGACACGGCUACGGCCACGAGUACAGCGGACUCGGCUACGCCGGCCACGGCUACAGCGCCGGACUAGGAGGCCUCGGCUACGGCCACGGCUACGGCUCGCACUACCUGUAAGCCGCCCGCCGGCCACUGCCUCGGCCACUGAAGGACGUCCACAGGGCCGCGGCGGGCUCCCAAACGGCCUCGCAACCGUGCCCGUGCGCCCUACUCAAGCGCAUCUGUGUUCCUAUUGUCGAGCCCCCAGGGAGUCGACGCCACUGUGUUCCCACUGCUUGCCAAAGUCCCCCGAGUUCCUCCUAGCGUAUCUGUGUGCUUGUGUGCAUAUAGGAUGUGUCCGAGAUGCGUGAAUGCUUGUGUGUGUUCGGAAGGUGCGUCCGUGUGAGUGAUUGUGACGAGUGCGUGAGUGUGAGAAGAUUCCAGUGCGAGUCAAUUAAACAAAUGUGAAUACAACCUUA